ACCCAGCAAGAGGAGAGAUACGGAAAGUGCAGCAAGGAUGACGCUUUUGCUAUCCUAGAUCACCUUUACUCUCAGUGUGGUGACUUUAUUGGCACGGCCAACGCGUAUCAACACGGACACUCGGAGGAGUGGCUUGGUGAAUGGAUGCAGUUGCGUGGCAAUCGUGACGACCUCGUUCUUGCAACAAAGGACACUACUAGCUACAAGCUAAGCGAGAAGAACCGUCUACCGUCCAACUAUGGCGGAAAUGGUACCAAGCCAAUGCGACUUUCCUUGGAGGCCUCGUUGAAGAAGCUUGGGACGUCUCACAUCGACGUCUUCUACUUGCAUUGGUGGGAUUACACUGCCUGCGUUGAGGAGGUCAUGCAGUCUCUUAAUGAUCUUGUGGCGUCUGGCAAGGUCAAUUACACAGGGGUAUCUUAUACUCCGGCUUGGGUCGUUGUUAAAGCAAAACAGUACGCCCGCAUGGGUGGCUUGCGUCAGUUCGUUGUCUACCAAGGCAUGUGGAGCGCUGCUAUGUGCGACUUUGAGUGCGAUAUCGUUCCCAUGUGUCUCGACCAAGGCAUGAGUCUCGCGCCUUACGGUGUGCUGAACCAGGGACGCUUCCAGACAGAGGAGGUCUUCGAGCAGUGUGAGAAAGACAAUCCUGGCCGUAACUUUAUCCAAACAACAAAUCGGGACCGCCAGGUCUCAAAGGCUCUUGAGAGCAUCGCCAAAGAGAGGGGCGUCUCUCUGCUGGAUAUUGCAUUGGCUUUUAUCAGGCAGAAAGCUCCUUAUGUUUUCCCCAUCGUUGGAGCGCGCACCCUCAAGCACAUUCAAGGGAGCAUUGCAGACUUGGACGUGUCAUUGACCGAUGAUGAGGUAGCGAAAGUGGAAGCUUCCUAUGAAUUUGAUCCAGGAUUCCCUCAUAUAUUUCUGAGUGGGAGUCUAUUUACCGGUGAACGUCCUUGGGGAGCGGCUCGGCCCGGGGAUGUUUGGCAUACGAAGUCCUUGGGCAAUUUUGAUUGGGUCGAAGGUGCAAAGGCUAUCAAGAGAUCACAACAUUGA